UAAUCCAAUAUACAGACCUGUUCAUUUUCACUGGCAUUCAAUUAUAAAUCGGCAAUCAAAAUGGUUGGGCGUACGAAAAGUUAUUUUGUGAUUAUCCUAGCCCUUACUUCGUUGAUCUACGGAGCUCAAGGAGCAAAUAUCCUAGGACUCUUUCCUAGCCUUAGUCCCUCGCAUCUGAUCAUUUCGAUGUCAGUGGCCAAGAUUUUGGCAGAGCAGGGACACAAUGUGACGGUGGUUACGGUUUUGGAGCCCACAAUUAGCCACAAGAAUAUAAACCUGGUUGCAGUGCCAAUGACCAAGGAGGAAAUAAAGCAAAGGAGCGAAGCAAUUGGCGCCAAACAAAAGAGUACAAGCUCCAAUCGGUUGCUCUCCAUUCUUAACAUGUCAGGUCAAAUGGACUCCAUGCUGAGGAAGAUGGCAGAUGUCCUGAAGGACCAACGAGUAAAGGAGCUCUACUUAAACAAAGGCAACCACUUCGAUUUGGUGAUAUCGGGCUAUUUCAUGAACGACUACCAACUUGGAUUCGCUAGAAAGGUGAGUGCUCCGGUCGUUGUCCUGGCCCCCAGUCCACCCAGCCAGAUGCUGAACUCUCUGAUUGGCAAUCCCCAUGAUAAAGUGGAGAAGGAGAAAGGCAUGACCUUUGGACAGCGUUUGGAUAGCUAUAUAAACAGUCUUUUGUACGGAAUAUUUAUGCGCCAAAUCGACCAGCGAAAUCGCCAAUACUACAAGGAGAUUUUUGGGGAUGACCCCACCAUGCCGGAGUACACGGACAUCCUUAGGAAUACAUCAUUAGUUUUCUUCUGUUCCCAUGCAGCCAGCGAGGGACCCAUUCGGCCUAGUGUGCCAGCUGCCAUUGAGAUUGGUGGCAUUCAGAUCAAGGAUAAGCCGGAUCCCCUGCCUAAGAACCUGGAGGAGUUCCUUGGCAAUGCUACUCAUGGAGCGAUUCUCCUGAGCCUGGGUUCCAAUGUUCAGGGAAGCCACAUCAAGCCGGAUACAGUGAAAAUGAUUUUCAGCGUUCUCUCGAAUCUGAAGCAGCGGGUCAUCUGGAAGUGGGAGGAUCUCGAUCAGACGCCCGGAAAGUCCGACAAUAUUCUCUACUCCCGUUGGCUGCCACAGGACGACAUACUGGCCCAUCCGAGCGUCAAGCUAUUUAUAAAUCACGCCGGAAAAGGAGGUAUCACAGAGGCUCAGUACCACGGAAAGCCCAUGCUCUCCUUGCCGGUUUUUGGAGACCAGCCUGGCAAUGCUCAUGCCAUGGUGAAAAGUGGCUUCGGCCUCGCACUCAGCCUGCUCACCUUGGAGGAGGAACCCUUUAGAGCUGCCGUUCAGGAGAUCUUGUCAAAUCCAAAAUACAGCCAACAAGUGGUCAAGUUCUCCUCGCUCUAUCGAGAUCGCCCAGCAAGUGCCCGGGAUUCGUUGAUCUUCUGGACGGAGUACGUCAUUCGCCACCAUGGAGCAGCGCAUCUCCAGAGUCCCUUGGUGCACAUGGACUUCAUAGCCGCCAAUAACCUGGAUAUAUAUGCCUUGAUCGGGGCUAUUUUAGUUGGUAUUUUAUUAAUAUUGAAGAAAGUUCUCCAAAUCACUUUCGGAAGGCUAGGAACAAAGUUAAAUAAGGUUAAGAUACAAUGAUACUACAUAUAAUAUCGUUACCUACUGAAAAGUAUUGCUCGAUAUAGAGUUAGUAAAUAGUAAUGGUCCAAGAUACAUACUAGCUAGAUAUAAAUUAAUGAGGAAAAUAAGCUUAAGUUCGAGAAAUGCAUAGUUACAAUCCUGGAAUAUCGUGCCUCUCCCACAAGUUCAAACGGGUUCAAGCGAAUAAACUCCGAAUGGUUAUGGGUAUGUGCAGAACUACUCUACCAAAACGGGUCUUUAGCUCUGUGAUUCCUUAAUUACAUCACCGGCGAAAUGCCCUUUUAAUUCGAGAACGACAAAGUCGCAGUGAGUCGUCAUGGCCAUAACCAUUAUGCGGUGACUAUAUAAAGUGUAACUACAGAUGCUUCGAACAUAAUUUAGCGUAAAUAAAAACCUGAUGUCUGGUUAAUUUUCUUUUCCAUUUCCCGACGAGAUUCCCCUCACGCACCGCGCGCAGGAGAACCGCAGUGGAAUAACAAGUGGAAGUGCCAUGCCCAGAUCCAAAGGCCUGGGCUAUGACCACAAAGUUAAGACGCAAGUCUGGUUAUGGCCUUGCACUGCGAGAAACAGUGUGACACUUUCCAAAAAGCACCCAAAACAUAGUA